AUGGCAGCCUCCGUGCAGGAACAAAGGAGAUGUCCCUCAGAAGCUGAGGACUGUGCCUGUGAAGGAGAGGAGGAAGGACGCAGACGGGACGGCUCGAGGGGGCAGGUCACGGAGCCGGAGCCCAGUGGGCUCAUCCCUCCCGGAGGAAGGGCCCUGAUCAUGGUCACGUGUGAGGCCAAAGCCGACUGCCUCUGCACGCGGAGGCCCGCGCUGACGUGUCUUGUCUGUCCAAGGACUGCCGGCCGCUGCAGGGAGCUCCUGCUGCUCUGCUUCUCCGGCUUCCUCAUCGGGCGAGUCCUGGACGUGGGCGUGGUGAGCGCGGAGGAGGCGCUGAUCGCCAUACGUGAGCCCUUCCUGUGGAAGAAGUCCAAGAGCCCCCAGGCGCCGGCGCCCACGAAAACGACAGUGGUCGUGACCACGCAGAAGAGGAACUCAAGACGCCAGCUCCCAAGUUUCCUUCCCCAGUACCCAAUCCCCGACCGGCUGAAGAAGUGUGUGGAGCAGAAGAUUGACAUCCUGACGUUUCAGCCGCUGCUCGCCGAGCUUCUGAACAUGUCCAACUACAAGGAGAAGCUCUCCACGCUGCUCUGGCUCGAGGAGAUCCACGCGGAAAUAGAGCUGAAGGAGUAUAACAUGAGCGGGGUCUCCCUGAAGAGAAACGGGGAGUUACUGGUGCUGGAGGUCCCUGGACUGGCUGAGAGCCGGCCUUCCCUGUACGCAGGUGACAAGCUGGUUCUGAAGACGCAGGAGUACAACGGGCACGUCGUCGAGUACAUUGGCUACGUGGUGAAGAUUCACGAAGAAGAUGUGACUCUUAAACUGAACCCGGAAUUUGAACAAGCAUACAACUUUGAGCCUAUGGAUGUGGAGUUUACAUAUAACAGGACCACGAGCAGGCGCUGCCACUUCGCCCUGGAGCACGUCAGCCACUUGGGAGUAAAAGUGUUAUUUCCAGAAGAAAUCAUCUUACAGUCUCCCCAAGUGGCAGGCAGUUGGAACUGUGCACAAGACAGCAAGCACGAGGGGCAGCCCACCCCCGAGGUACGCCUGUCGCCAUCUCAGCCUGGGGGAGCGCCCUGUGCCUCCCUUGGGCCAGGCGAGGGGCUGCAGACCCCGGGGGCCCGGGAGGAGUUCUUCAACCCCCUGCUCAACGAGAACCAGCAGCUGGCCGUGCGCAGGAUCCUGAGCGGCGACUGCCGCCCCCUCCCGUACGUGCUCUUCGGACCUCCUGGCACCGGGAAGACCGUGACCAUCAUCGAGGCGGUGCUACAGGUGUACCACGCCCUGCCUGACAGUCGGAUUUUGGUGUGUGCGCCCUCCAACAGCGCAGCUGACCUCGUGUGCUUGCGGCUGCACGAGAGUGGCCUGCUGCGGCCGGGCACCAUGGUGCGCGUAAACGCCACCUGCCGGUUCGAGGAGACUGUCAUCGAGGCCAUCAAGGCGUACUGCAAGGAUGGGGAGGACAUCUGGAAGGCCUCGCGCUUCCGCAUCAUCAUCAGCACCUGCAGCAGCGCCGGCCUCUUCUACCAGAUCGGAGUGCGAGUCGGACACUUCACACACGUGUUUGUGGACGAAGCCGGCCAGGCCAGUGAGCCCGAGUGCCUCAUCCCUCUGGGGCUGGUGUCCGAUGUCAGCGGCCAGAUCAUCCUUGCUGGGGACCCCAUGCAGCUGGGGCCCGUGAUCAAGUCCCGGCUCGCCAUGGCCUACGGGCUGAACGUGUCCAUGCUGGAGAGACUCAUGUCCCGGCCUGUGUACCUGAGGGAUGAAGACGCCUUCGGUGCUUGUGGCGCCUACAACCCCCUGCUGGUGACCAAGCUGGUGAAGAACUACAGGUCCCACGCGGCCCUGCUGGCCCUACCCUCCCGGCUCUUCUACCACAAGGAGCUCGAGGUCUGUGCCGACCCCAAGGUUGUGACCUCCUUGCUGGGCUGGGAGAAGCUCCCCAGGAAAGGCUUCCCCCUCAUCUUCCACGGAGUGCGGGGCAGCGAGGCGCGGGAAGGCAGGAGCCCGUCCUGGUUCAACCCGGCCGAGGCCGUGCAGGUGAUGCGCUACAGCUGCCUCCUGGCCAGGAGCCUCAGCGGCCAGGUGUCUGCGCAGGACAUCGGCGUGAUCACGCCCUACCGCAAGCAGGUGGAGAAGAUAAAAAUUCUUCUGAGGAACGUGGACCUGAUGGACAUAAAGGUCGGAUCAGUGGAGGAGUUCCAAGGGCAAGAGCACUUGGUGAUCAUCAUCUCGACCGUGCGGUCAAACGAAGACCGGUUUGAAGAUGAUCGGUAUUUCCUGGGUUUCUUGUCCAACUCAAAGAGAUUUAAUGUGGCCGUCACCAGACCCAAAGCCUUACUGAUCGUGGUGGGGAACCCCUACGUCCUGGUCAGAGACCCCUGCUUUGGCGCAUUGCUGGAAUAUAGUAUCACCAAUGACGCAUACACCGGGUGCGACCUGCCGCCCGAGCUACGGCACCUGCAGGGGUGAGCCCCGGCCUCCCUGCCUCCUGGCCUCCCCAGCCUCACUCCGGCUCCGGCUCCGGCUCCGGCUCGGGGCCGAGGCGGCACUCUCGCACCGCUUC